AUGACCAAGGAAUGCAGGGAGGACUCUGCAUCGAGCAACCGGGAGUGCGCGCCAUGCGCUGUAUGCCCCAGGGGCUCGUAUGAAUCAACCCCAUGUGCGGAUGGAAACUCAAUGAUCGACCGGCAGUGCACGGCCUGCCCGAAGGAUACAUACCAGGACGAGGAGAACAGCCUGCAGUGCAAGCCAUGCCCCAUGAAUUCAGGCACGCGCAACAUGACAAACAGGACGGCAAGGGCAGAUUGCUUCUGCAACGAUAAAUACCACAGCUUUGGGAAUGAUACGGGGCUGUCUGGGUGUUAUGAGUGUGGGAUUGGGGAGUACUCAUCGGGGGAUGGCUCCACCGCCUGCAGCCCUUGCCCCCUGGGCAGCUACGGGGAUGCCAUGGGGAUGCCCCGGUGUGUCCCCUGCCCCGAGGGCAGCUUUGGGAAUGAUACGGGGCUGUCUGGGUGUUAUGAGUGUGGGAUUGGGGAGUACUCAUCGGGGGAUGGCUCCACCGCCUGCAGCCCUUGCCCCCUGGGCAGCUACGGGGAUGCCAUGGGGAUGCCCCGGUGUGUCCCCUGCCCCGCGGGCAGCUAUGCAGGUGCUGCCGGGUCCUAUGCAUGUCGCGACUGCCCCGCGGGCAGCUUUGUGAAUGCUACAGGGUCAUCGCUUUGCCAUGAUUGUCAGAUGGGGGAGUACUCGAUGGGGCAUGGGAAUACGGCAUGCACGGAUUGCCCCAUGAAUACAUAUGGGAAUGCAACAGGCAUGUGGAGGUGUCACGAUUGUUGCGAUCACUCGGCAUCAAGUCCAAGGAGCACAAUGGAGAGGGAUUGUCGAUGUACCAAGGGGUAUCACAAGGUCCCUUUAUUGGAAUCAAUUCCUGACUCCUAG